AAACGGCCCAUGGCUUCCUCGAGGGGCCAAAGGAAUCUACUAGAACAGCAUGGUCCUUCCUCUAAUCCUCUCUUCCUCUACUACGUGUCCAGGUGUCCAAGAGACAGAGAGAGAGAGAGAUGCAUGGACGCAUUUCUGAAACCAUUUUUGUAGAACCAGCAGUCGCUGCGUUUGGUCAGUCAGGCGGAUGCGGAAAGUGUCUGAUUCUUUUGUUAGCAACUGGCAGGCACUCAGAAUCUUGCGAUAACAUAUACAAAGUCCGGUCCUUUGACGCAGCAGGAGCGGUGUGUGCCUACGCAUUCUUCCUGAUCAGUGUUGAUGGUCUUAGACUAUCUCCAACCGAGUAGCCAAUACAAUACGCAUACACAAAUUGCCUGACCUUGUAGCACUGUAGCGCUUGGGAAAUACUUCCAACGGGCUAUGCAAACUAAAUACGCAUCUACGGCGCUGGACCCCUCGGCACCUAAAACUGAGUCCUCUCCACCCACGACUCAAACCCUGGCAAACCAACUGUCGGGAGGGGAGGCCGAAGAGAGCAGCGAGUUGGUGGCGCAGACGACCACCCGCGACGGGCGCACACCCCCACCGGCGACGGCGCGCGCGGUCACCGGCAACCGACGCGGACGACCACAUCUGAGGUACGUCUCUCUCUCAGGUUCAUUGGCCCUUCCGCCUCUCUCAGAUCUAGCUAGGCCUGCUAAUGGCAAAAAAUCCAAUCCACUCCCACCCAUACCCAAAUCUAAUUACUUUGAUAUCCAUCCCACACCCAACCAAAAAUACUAGAGGAAAGUUAAACUCAACCCAUCCAAUAACAUUAUUGAUCCCAAACCAACCCGUAACUGGGUGGAAACCCAUGGAAAACCCGUGGGUUUAGCUUAUUGUCUCACAUCAAGCCAACUGCAUACACAUUUUAAAAAUCACAUUUUAAAGCAGUAAAUUAAUUCAAAUGAAAAAGUUUUCAACUACAAAUUUGUAUAACUCAGCAUGAUGUACAUUUUAUAUUUUGAACAUUUCUUCAUAUGAUAAACUAAAAAUAAAUUUGUUCAUAAAACUUAUAUCUCUUUCGUAGUUUAUGAAACUACGAGAGAUAUGUAUAGAAUUUGUGCAUAUUGUUAGAACUAUCAUGUGAGAUGAACAAAUGAUCAAACAACCAAAAUAAACUUUGUAGAUCUUGAAAAGUUAUAGAAGUUUGUAGUUGACAACUUUUUCAUUUGAAGUCAUAUUGUAAACGAAAACUAUGCCUGAAUUUAAAAAAUUUAAAAUGAAUUUUGAAAACAACCUCGAAAGAAAAAACCACCAACAUGAAAGUUGUAGGUAUUGAAGAGUUAUAAAACUUUGUAGUUGAUAAUGUUUUGGUUUGAAAUCAUCUUGCCAUGCAAAACUAUGUUUGAAUUUUGAAUUUUAAAAUUUUAAAACUACCUCGGAUGGAAAAACCACCAAAAUAAAAGUUGUAGGUCUUGAAAUGUUAUGAAACUUUGUAACUGUCAACUUUUUUAUUUGAAAUCAUCUUAUCAUUGAAAAAUCGUGUGAAGUUUUCAAAUUUAAAAUUCAAAUUUUGUAAACGGUCUCGGAUGUAGAAACUAUUAAAAUAGAAUUUGUAGAUAUCAAAAAGUUAUGCAACUUUAUAGUUGGUCACAUUUUUAAAUAAAAUGGUACUGAUAAAAUGGUAUAGUAUAGUGUGUUAUGUGUGACUAAAGAAAUCAAAGACUUCUCUAAACUUGAAAUAAAAUGGAACUGAUUAAGGUGGUAGUCUGAUUGGUGAAUACCCAUGGAAACUCAUACCUAUACAAAUCCAUUUAUACCCAUGGGUAUCCACCAUUUUGACCCGCAAUAUAAAAUAAACCCACCCAACCCAACCCGUUAAUAAUUAAAACCCAUCACAACCCACCAAAACAAAACCAUUUCUUAAACCCACCUAAAAUACCCAUUUACACCCACCCCAUUUGCAGGCCUAGAUCUAGCCGAUUUUUUAAUCGAAGAUGAGAUUUCGAUCUGUAUUGUAGACAGUGAUUUAUCUUCUUCUUUGCUGCCAUAUCAAUGUCGAACAUCCAAAGGAUAUUUCAGUCACAUUUUGUUCUUUUGGCUAGGCUUAUUAGAGUAUGUUUAUUAUAUCUACAAGUCUGUAUACAUUUGCUAUAUGAAACGGUGUCUGAACAUGGAUUUGUUAUAGUACGAGAUGGAACAAAAUUUUGAUGGUUGCACAGAUGGUAAUGAGCAAGCCCAGGAUUUGUUUGGGCAAGACCAGUGGGCUAAUGGUUUUACUGCUGCACUUCAAGACUUUGAUGAUGCUCAACCUACCCAGUACAACAUGGCCAGCUUCGACCAAUCUAGCCAGAUGUACGAACAUGACUCGGACAGUAAUAUAGAUAUGGAGAAUGUGGAUGCCCCAUCAAAGAAAUCUCAGAAGGGCACAAAGAAAUCUCAGAAGGGCGGAAAACAAAAGGUUGUGUCGAGGAGAGGAGGUUCUUUUACCAAAGAGGAGGAUAUUGUGAUUUGCUCGGCAUUCCUCAAUGUUAGCAAAGACCCUAUUACAGGUGUCAAUCAAAAUUCGGGUGGGUAUUACAAACGCAUGCAUGAAUACUUCAACAAGCGCAAACCAGAAGGUUCCAACCGUAGCCAGAUCUCAAUUCAACAUAGGUGGGGAGCCAUACAGAAGGCAGUGAAUAAGUUUUGUGCCCUCAAAUCAUCAGUAGAUAGGCGCAAUGAGAGCGGUAAAAGCGAGCAGGAUCGAAUUGAUGAUGCUGUUUUCAUGUAUGAGAAGGGUGAACCCUUUGUCUUCAUGCAUUGCUGGAAGCUACUUCGCAACGAGGCGAAAUGGAACAAUAGGUUCCUAGAGACCAUCAGUAAGCCACCAUCUUCUCAAGUGCCACCCGAGGCAGCCAACAGAGAAGGAGCAGGGCUAAUAAGCAAGCUGAUUACAGUUCUAGGAAAGAGGUUACAUAACAAAAUACAUGACUAAUUAUGUUGCUUAGGCAAUUGGCUUUGGCACAAACGGUCCAGACUUUGUUCCAUACAGGUUCCACAUGUGCUCCAUCAGAUCCUUCUGGAGUUGAUGAUUAGUCUCUUUGUCUUGUAUGACGGCCUGUGCAUCUACAAAUUCUUCAAUACAGGGAAUGUCUCUAUCCUGGAUAAUAGUUGGGUUAGCAGCCCUAGGCCAUUCUGAUGUGUGGAUGUUAGGUAGAUCAGCAUCCCUCUCAUCCUCAAUUAUCAUAUUGUGAAGUAUGACACAGGCACGCAUAAUUGUAUUCAAUACUUCUGGCUUCCAUAAACGUGAUGGGUUGUACAAUAUCUUCCACUUGGCUUGUAAGACUCCGAAUGAACGCUCAA